AUGCACUGCGUCGGGAAGUUUUCUCGUUAGUGACAGGGGCUGAAUAUGGGUAUUGCUGCAAUACUACCUGUCAGUGUGAGCCAUCGAUGUCCCGCUUCUACAUAGGCGCCCAUUACCACCAUCUGCUUUCCAAUAGCGCGAAAUCAAUAGUGCUAAAUGUAUCGCGAGUUAUUCCUAGACUGCUCGAUCAAAUGGGAUAUGAUUAAUAUAUUACUCGGUCUGUUCCGGACCCAAGCCCAUAUUUCUAUACUACAUCCAUACACUCUUUUUCAAAGUCUUCGGACAUCAUAAGCUCUCCUACGAGCGUAUUCGGAAUUCUAUCCAGCUGGCUGGUCAUAAAUUUUAUGAUAUCAUUGUUGUAAUACUUUUGUCAUUAAUAUUAUAUACGUUCUUUACUAUCGCUUCCUAGACGCCACAAUUCCUCAAUAUGUCUCCUGGCGAGAUGACUUUUCUACGGGCUAUUUUAAUUCUUACGCUGCUCGCACGAUGCACCACUAGUUUACAGGCCACACCAAAUUCCCCUUGCGCUUCGUCAUGUGUAGACUCUACUACCCUUGACUUUUCUGAUCCAAACUCAUCAACGACCGGGAAUGCCGAUAUCACAUGCUAUGACUCCGAAUACUCUAGCUCACCCGCGGGGCAGAAAUUUCAGAAAUGUAUGACUUGUCUUCAGGAUAGUACUUUCGCCCAGGGUAGUGAGAGCGACCAGCUUUGGUUUUUAUAUAACUUAAGAUAUGCAUUUGAUUAUUGCAUUUUUGGAUUUCCCAAUGCCACUGGCGUUGCGUCAACUCCUUGUUCUACCUCUACUGCAUGUGGUGGAUUGGAAGCAGCUUUCACAGACGACAAACUGGACCCGAAGAAGAAUGGUUACUCGUAUUGCACUGCGGAUAACUCAGCUAUGGCCGAUGGCGUAGUCUCCGAGUGCAGGUUAUGUGUAGCCGCUUCCGACGGGCAGGAUUAUCUGGCAAAUUUCCUCAUUGCUCUCGACGCAGGGUGCAAGCAAAAACCGGCCACUGGGAUGGUGAUCGGGUUAAAUGAUACCGUAUUUUCCAAAGGUAUGAUCAGUUCGGUUGAUCCAACCACUGGAAAAGACACAGACAAUACACGACCUGCUCUAUCCAUAACUCAAAUAGCGGGGAUCGCUGCCGGAGCGGCCGUCGCCAUCCUAGCCAUAACGGGGUUCUUAUUCGUACACUUUCGUAAGCGGCAUAACCGUCGUCUUUUGCUUGGAAACGCUAGGAUCUCUACGGGAGGGCAGAAGAAAAGCCGCCAUCGUCCGGCAUCAUCACUAUCAUUCCGCUGUCAAACACAUUUAACGCCAAGGUCUCCGGCAUUCUUCCCGAACCCGUCGGAUACUACAAUUGAAGAAGAGAAGCCCUACCAAGUAGGUCCAUUCUCUGCUCUGGGUUCACAUCCCAUAUCUCCAAAAUCACCAAGACAACCUACAUGGGCGUCACAGAGCAGCAAUAAAGGAUUCAAUCCUUCCCGACUAAGUAAUAAGCCGGUACCUCUGCAUAACAUCGCUACUGCCAUUCCCACAAUACCGGACAAUGUACAUUAUUCCACUUCACCUAAAGCUGCAGUCUUUUCUCCUGUUGAAGAGCCGAUUAGCACUACCAGCACCAAGAGCACGUCGCAGCUCUUACCGCUGAGACAAUAUAAUCCUGCCGAGUACGGAUACACUUCGCCGCAGAUAGGUAGUAGCCCCGAUGGCACAUUUACUAGUCCUGUCUCGGGCUCUACUUCGAGUCCUCUAUUGAGUCGUGCUUGGGAACAAAGGACUCCGACUUGGGACCUCCCACCACGCGGCUCUAGUCGAUCGACAGGUGUCGGGGCUUGGGAGAGAGUCGCUGCAGGGGUGGCUAAUAAAAAUAGGAGGACUAGUAAUACCGGAAGUCCCGUCGAGUCUAAACAGAUAAACUUCAACUUCCCUUCUCCACCCACUCGACGGUAACAACUUUCAUGUACAUACCUAGCACAGACGUGAGGGAUUGUUGGGCUCCUAGGAUAGAGCCCGAUAAAUUACGAUAGGAAAUCGGAUAGAUUU